UUCGUUGUGUGUCUAAAUAUGAAGUUGAAUGUAGUUCAGCUUUUGCUUACUUUCUUACUGCAAACUGUGAUCUUAACUUUUAGUUUAAGUGCAUUUACAGUAUUUCUUUUAUUCAAUCAAACUGAGGCUAUAGCUGGAAGUCAUCUUUCUCGGCCACCGCAUAACUUAUCAUGCUAUCACUGCAGCACGUUAAAUGAUGGAGAAUCAUGUCGUGAUCUGAAACUCAACAACACAGAAAACCAAAGAUCAUGCAAGCCAAAUCAAAUGUUUUGUUCUGUUGUUUUAUUUAGAUAUUCUACAGAUUCUAGUGAGUAUAUAUUUUGGUCUGUGGAACGAAGCUGCGAGGAAACUUGUCAGGAAGGUUGUAAUACUGUUGGAGAACGAGUGAAACUUUUCCUUUGUCGAUCAUGUUGUAAUAAAUAUUUAUGUAACUAUGGUAAUACAGCUCUAAAAUCCACUACACCAGAUGAAAAUUAUGUGAUCUUAAUGACGGGAAUGGCCCUGUAUAGAUAUUUUUCAUUUUUUAAAAGUUUUGAAACUCUGUUAUGGAAUUAACUUUCUGAGGCACUAGAAAUAAAAAUGUUAUUUUAUGGAUA